GCCUGGGGCCGGAGGGCGGUCGUGUGAGGCGAGGAAAGCUUUCGCUUUCUUUAGUCUUCAAAUGGUGGGUGAGAGCAGCGGGAAAACCUUGGGGGAAGCAUGCUGUGGGACAGCGGUGUCCUGGCCCUGGUGGGUCCCCGAGUGCUGCCCUUAGUGAGGUACAAACCCAAGUACCAGCUGAGAUGAGUCAUGCUCCUAAAGUGGGGUGCCUGACCUGGAGAUCUUUCCAUUCAAAGAUGUAAUGCAUAGUGCAGCCUCUUGCAUCUUUGAGAUUAUGUAUCUGUGAAUGUUGAGGAUGAUGAUGAAGCAGUGAUGAUUGACCAUGGAGAAAACGGACUGUCCACACAAAGCUGCGUGGCAAUGGGACAAAACUCUGAAGUAAACAGUGUUCACCACGUGGCUCAACUUGCCUAUGGAAACGAAGGCUUAUCAGUGCUAGCUGACAAAGUGGCAUCACAAAUGAGCCAUUCUGCAAGUAUGCAGAGAGGAAAUGGUCAUAGCCCUGAAAAAAUGGAUUUUGCAUUUUCACAUAAUAAAAGAAAACGUCUUGCCCCUACUCUAGUGGGACAGAAUGUGAUGAGAAUCAGGGAAGGAGAAUAUGAAGAUAGUGAUGGUGUCAUUUACGAGUAUGAACCAGACUAUGAAUGUGGGAGUAUUGUGUCUGAAGCUUCCUACACUGAAGCCUCCUACACUGGAGAUCAGCAGAAAACUCUUGCGGAGGUCCUCAGUUAUUGCCAGGCCAUGUAUGAUGCCAUUCAGAAAUUGGAUAAAAAAUUUGACCUGCUUCAUCGGAAGGUCUCAGAAAUGCAGCAUACUCGUCUAAAGCCACUGUUUCUCAAACCUAAACCAGUUGGAUUUACAUACAGAAGUUCCAGUCAUUUGCCCCAAGGCAAAACAAGGCUACAAAGAUCCAUGGAAAAGGAAUCAAGUCUUCAUCUCUCUUCACCAGGCCUGGAAAGGCAUAGCCCAGUCAUAAGGGUUGCUUUACAAAACGGCCAUGUUCAGGUCAAUUCCACAAUAAAACAUGUUCAGCAGAGCCUUCAGCUUGAAUCACAGCAGCCUGUUCACAGGCAGAGCCCACCACUCCCCACUAUAGUUUCUACGCAUUCAUUGCAUUCAUCAUACACAGCAAAUAACAGGAUGCCUGACCUUUCUCCACAAUCAGAUCUUGUAGCUGAUGUUGUGGAAAGUACUUGCAAUAUUGCAUCUUCACCGGUGGCAUCAUCAUCAAUGCCAGCACCAUCUGAAACCAGUUUGGGAAAUAAUGCUGUAGCCAUUAACUACAGAAAUGCAUCUGGGAGUGUGAACAUCAGUAAAGAGCUACCAUCUUCUUCAGUCUCCAUCAAUCCUAGCUUUGAGUUUGUCGGUGACCCAGUGAGAAAUGUAAAAGUUCUUGGAAACUAUUUGAUGAAAGCUCGGCAAAAGACUAAGCCAAAGUACGCAGCACGCUACUUAGUUCGUGUCUUGUUCCCCAAGGAAACGUUAUUGUGCAGCAUUAUGGGAGUGAGCGCACGAGGGCGCAGAACAUUGGAUCCAAACAAAAUUGCUGCAAUAAGAGAAUUUCUUGCAACUAACUUUCCAAACUAUGAUUUGAGCGAGCAUGGAAAAGACUGGAAAACCUGUAUCACAAAUGUCAAUGCUAUGAUCCGCUGUUUACGCUCUGAAACAAAAAUAAAACCAGAGACAGCUGAAGGGAAAGAAAUAGCGGCUGUUGCUCCAGAUACAUCUCAUUGUGUAGAUUUAAAUUAUAAUGAAGAUAGUGAAGGCAAUUCUCAAAACUCUCAGAAAAUUACCAGCUCCGUAACUGACACGUUGCAGAAUUCAGGACUGGAUAAGUUUCCAGAAGCUUUCCACACAUCUUCGGUCAAGAAACUGCAGUCCUUGGAACCUAUGGAACUUCUUGGAAGUCCGUGGCGCAAUGUUCAGUUGCCUUUCUCAGUCAUUUAUGUAGCUAAGGGGAAGUCUCGGCCAGAGCUGUCAGCUCGCUACCUAAUUCGUCACAUGUUCACUGAAGAUGUGCUGGUAAAAAGCAAUGUAUAUGGUAAUCUUGAACGUGGCAUGAGCCCACUCGACUGCAACAGAAUUAAUGCUCUCAGAGACUUUCUUCAAGAGAAUUAUCCAUCCUUUGAUCUGAAGGAAACUGGAUAUGAUUGGAAGGCGUGUGUGGCUGCCAUAAACAGCACAAUCCGCAGUCUCAGACAUGACCAUAAAAAGGCUACAGUUGGAAUCCGGCGGAAAGUCUUGGCAGUGCCACCACCGAGUGCAAAGAGUCCUCCACAGAGCCCCCCUUUAGUCAAGCCAUUUGAAAGUGACACUAUCAAUCUCACGGACUGAAGCUCUCUGUCUCAAAUCUUAAUUUAGCAGCCUUUUUAAAAUCCCACAUAGAAGCAUAUUACAUUGAGUACAGUGUCCUAUUAUACUGAGUUGUCAGCAGCACUAAAUAGUAUUAUUUCAUGAGGCCAAAGUUAGCAGAAGACUUGGGAACCCUAACUCCUUGUAUAAGUAGCAUUUGUGCUCCUCAGAAAUUACUUCCACUAUUCCCUGUAGCAUUUCCAAUGUGCUCUCCCCUAAAAGUACCUUCUUCUCGUAAUUCAUUGACUUGGAAAAAUAAAUCUGAUUAGGAAAGAUGCACUGUGCAUCAAGUCAGCAGAAGCACAUAGAAAUGUGGAAAGAAUGAUCAUCCUUAGAGGAAGACUCAUAGCUAGCUAAAUUGUCUCAUUAUGUGUGAGGAAUGAAAUUUGCUUUGACAAAUGGAUAUUUUAAGCAAAAAUAUCUAAUGCAGAAAGGAAAAAAAAAAGUUUUUAUUGCAUCUAGCUAACUUCUUGUAUCUCUCACUUUUUUUGCCUCCUAUAGCAGUCCGUUGUAGGAUAAGGAAGGAGGCAGACAAAAAUGUAAGUACAGUUGGACUGUAUUUUAGCUCUGAUUUAGCUCUGCGAAAGCACAAAAAAAGCAUCCAGAAAAAACAGCCCAAUGGUUGGUUCUGUUUUUUCAUGAUGAAAAUUAAAGGAAAGAAUUCCUCAGGUGCUUGGUCUACUGUUCAGUGGCAUAUGUCUCAUCUGCUGGAGUGGGUGUUCAGAAGAUGGAAAUCUGCUCCAGCUUUCAACUAGAGCAUUUGGGUCCUGAUUCAGAUUUGAGAAUUGUGAUUAUUCAGAGUCACAGACUGGUUGAAGUUGGAAGGGACCUCUGAAGGUCAUCUGAUCCACUCCCCCUGCUCAAGCAGGGCCACCACCAUGUCCAGACAGCUUUUGAAUAUCUCCAAGACUGAAGACUCCGCAACCUUCCUGGGCAACCUGUGCAAAGGCUCAGUCACCAUCACAGUAAAAAACUGUUUCUUGAUGUUCAGAGGGAACCUCCUGUGCUUCAGUUCAUGCCCGUUGCCUCUGGUCAUGUCAUUAGGGACCACUGAGAAGAGCCUGGCUCUGUCCUUUUGUGUCUAUCCUCUUUGCAACCUUCCCUCAGGUAUUCAUAUACAUUGAGAUCCUCCUUAAGCCUUCUUUUUUUCCAGACUGAACAGUCUUUCUCUCUCUUUAACCCUUACUCACAGGAGAGGUGCUUCAGUCCCUUCAUCAUCUUCAUGGCCCUUUGCUGGACUCUCUUCAGUGUGUUUGUGCCUCUGUUGUACUGGGGAGCCCAGAGGUGGAUGCAGCAUUCCAGGUGAGGCCUCACUAGGGCCAAGGAGAGGAGAACAGUCACUUCCCUCAACAUGCUGCCAACAUCCUCCUAAUGCACCCCAGGGUACCAUUAGACUUCUUUGUGGCAAGGGCUCAUUUGCUGGUUUAUGAUCAACUUAGUGUCCACUAGGACAUCCCAGGGUACACUCUGCCCCAUAAUCCAGAUAAUGAAUGAAGAUAUUAAACAGGAUUGGACCCAGUAUUGAUCCCUGGGGUACUCUGCUGUUUACUGGCCUUCAUCUAGGCUUCAUGCUGACGAUCACUACUCUCUGGGCCUGGCCAUUCAUCCAGUUUCCAGUUCAUUUUACUGUCUGCUCAUCCAAUCUGUAGCAUCAGCAGCAGCUUCUCUGUGAGGAUCUUCUGGGAGACAAUGUCAAAGGCCUUCCAUAAAUCCAGGUAGACAAUAUCCACUGUUCUGCUUUCACCAAUCAGGCCAGUCAUUUUAUCGUAGAAGUUUACCAAGUUGGUCAGCCAUGAGCUCCCCUUGGUGAAGCCAUGCUGUGACUGCUCCUGGUGGUAUUCUUGUCAUUUGUGUGCCUGGAAAUGGUUUUCUUCCCAGGGAUGGAGGUGAGGCUGACUGGCCUGUAGUUCCCUGGGUCCUCUUCCCCAUCCUUCUUCAAGACAAGAGCGACAUCUUCUUUCAUCUGGUCUUCGGGCACUUCUCCCGUUCACCACGAUCAACCAAAGGUGAUCAGGAGUGGUAUCACAAUGAUGUCAGCCAGCUCCCUCAGCACUCGAGGGUACAUCCCAUCAGGCCCCUUGGGUUUAGUGCACAUCCAGUUUGCUUAAGUGUUCCCUGACCAGAUUCUCUUACACCCAGUGUGUCUUCAUUGCUUCAGCCUUUCCCCCUGGCCUGUGGGACCUGGGAUUCUGGAAGGCCAGUCUUGCUCGUAAAGGCUGAGGCAAAGCAAUCCAGAAGUGCCUCAGCCUUUUCUGUGUCCUGUGUCACGAGGUCCCCUGUCUCUUUCAGCAGUGGACCCACAUUUUCCCUAGCCUUCCUUUUAUCACCUAUGUAGUUGCAGAAGCCCUUUUGUUGUCUUUGGCAUCCCUGGCCAUGUUCAAUUCCACUUGGGCUUUAGCUUUCCUAACUUCAACCCAGCUCAGACACUGUAUCCCCCCCCCCCAUUACUUUUUUCUUUUUUUCCCUUUUUCCCCAGCCUCUGUACGCUUCCUUUUUGGAACCGUACUUCCUUCUGUUUGUCCAGAAGCUCCUUGUUCAUCUGCACAGGCCUCCUGGCAUUUUUGCCUUACUUCUUGUUUGUUGAGAUGGAUUGCUCUGGAGAUUUGAGGAGGCAAUCCUUGAAUUUUAACCAACUUUCAUGGCCCCAUAUUUUCUCCAGGGUCCUAAUCCCAUAGGACUCUUCCUAGCAGAUCUUUGAGGAGGCUGAAGUCUGCUCUCCUGAAGUCUGGGAUUAUGAGCAUGCUUUUUAUCAUCCUCCCUCCCCUCAGCAUCCUGAACUCCACCAUCUCAUGGUCACAGCAGCUACGGCUGCUUUUGACCUUCAUAUUCUCAACUAGCUCCUCAUUGUAGGUGAGUAUGAGGUCCAGCAAAGCACCUGUCCUUGUUACCUCUUCUAUCACCUGGAGGAAGAAGUUGUUGUCAAUAAUAAAUAUUCAUGCAGUUGCCUUUCCUUUCUAUCCACUCAAUGCUAAAGAUUUAUUAGUGCACUGAAUUAUAUAUUAAAAAAAAACAACAACAAAACCAACCAAACAAAUUUUGAAAACUACUUGGGUGUUGAACUCGUAAAAAAAAAUAAAAAUUAAUGACUAUAUAUAUUCAGUGUCACAUCCCCGUUAGUUUCAUUUGUAAGUUGAAAUUCAACAGCAGUACUGUACAAAAAUUCAUGACUUCUUUUCUUGGGCAAGUUCUUUGUUGCUUGGGGUAUUUUGGUCGUGUUUAUUGUUUUGUUUUGUUUGCUUUCAAAAGAGGAAGUAUUUGGUAUGUGCCUUCCUGUUACAUGAUUUUCCAGCACCAGUCACACCUUCCUCUCGCUGUCUUUGUAAUGGUUAACUGGUGCAUGACCUUGCCUUGCCACUUGCAUUAUGUCCCAGUGUGGUUCUCAGAUGUCUUCGGAGAAAGAAGCUUCUCAGAAGACUGACACAGGGAACCAGUUACGCCUCUGAAAAUUGGGGCAACAGUGGCUUCCAAAAUUACGCCUGUGUACGUAGCAGAACAACAUCUAACUAAAUCUGUCCUCUCCAAGGCAAAGGUUUCAUAGUUUGGGUUUUUUGUUAGUAAUAGGGUAGAAUAGUGAAGUUACUUUUUCUCACUUCAACUUAUAUUCAUAACAAACAGGCAGUUUUUAUUAUAUACAGUAUAGGAACAGCUUUUUUUUAUUGCAAGUUAGGAUAUGCAAUGGCCUUAUCAGAUAUGAAAUCCCCUACCACCUCCUUGCAGAAGCCUUCUGUAGGAUUUAAGAAAUAGGCUGAAUUUCUGUUUUGGUUUCUUUUUUUUAUUAUUUACUAGAAAUGAUGUACUGCAAAUUUGGUUGCUCUGGUUUACUACUAACAAAUUGUGCUGUUGCUGUUCUAUAAAACAGUCAUUCUUGUAAAUGCCAAGAACUUUGUUGUGUGUAGAUAUUACUAGUUCCAAACCUUCGAAAAAAACAAAAAUGCUUAUAUUUUUUCAGUAGUUUUAUGAAACUUUUUCACUGUCCUUCGCAGAUUUUAAUGGUAGAAUGAUAUAUUUAUUGAAUGACCUGUGUGGCACUGAAACCUGUUAGUGUGGUGCGUACCUAUAGCUUCCAUAUCGAAAAGAGAAUUGAAUAAUUGAAUAAAAGUAGAAAUAGUUUUCUUGUUUCUGUUUCAAAUGUAUCCAUUUUUGCUAACUUUUAUAAAAUAAAAUUACAGUAUUUUGCUGUUAGGAAUAAAGUAUUUUACAAAUAAAACUAGCAUAUAGCUC